AUGUCUAAAGGAGCAUCUCUCAAUUUCAAACAACAUGAUUUGACUUCAUACCUCAAAUCAGGAUCCACACACUACUCUGGACUCAAUGCCGUUACUCUUCGAAACAUUGAAGCCUGCCAAAAUUUGAGCAAGAUUGUUAGAACAUCCAUGGGUCCAAACGGAAUGAAUAAGAUUGUAGUGAAUCAUUUAGAAAAACUCUUCAUUUCAAAAGAUACGGCUACCAUUCUCAAAGAAUUGGAAGUCAUCCAUCCUGCAGCCAAGAUUGUCGUAUUGGCCACUCAAGCACAAGAACAAGAAGCCGGUGAUGGUACUAACUUUGUCGCAUGUUUCACUGGUGAAUUGUUGGCUCAAUCCGAAAAUCUAAUCCGUAUGGGACUUCACAUUCCUGAUAUCAUUCUCGGAUACAAAAAGGCUGGUUUAAAGGCACUAGAAAUUUUAGAAACUCUCGGAGUGGAUAAAGUCACUGAUAUUAGAAACGUCGAACAGGUAACAAGAGCUAUUCGUUCCGCUGUUGGAAGUAAAGUUUUAGGAAUGGAUGAUUUCUUGGCUCCACUCAUCGCAGAGGCUUGUGUGGCUGUAUGUCCAAAAGUUGCCACUCGCUUCUCUGUUGAGAAUAUUAGAACUGCUAAAAUUCCAGGUGGAAGUGUGUUUGAUUCAAAGGUUUUGAAGGGAUUCGCAUUUGUUAGAGAUUCCGAGGGAUCCAUCAAGCAUGCCAAACACUGCAAAGUUGCCGUGUAUACUUGUAAUAUUGAACAAGCAUCCACAGAGACCAAGAAUAGUGUGGUCAUUAGAAGUUCAGAAGAACUUUUAAAUUACAAUGUUUCUGAAGAAAAAGCCAUGGAGGAAGAAAUCAAAGCCAUUCAUGAUACAGGCGUCAAGGUUAUUGUAUCACAGGGAGGUUUUGGCGAAAUGGCUCUUCACUUUAUUGAACAAUAUGGUAUGAUGGCUAUCAAGUGUCCAUCCAAGUUCCAAAUUCAAAGACUGUGUCAAGCCAUUGGUGCCAAAAUGUUGGUCAAGGUUCAACCACCCACUGCUGACGAUAUGGGAACUUGCGCUUCUGUAGAUAUUACUGAAAUUGGUGACAAGAAGGUUGCAGUUUUCCAACAAGCUGAAGAUGUAGACAUUUCGGGAAUUACCACCAUUAUUAUUCGUGGUGCAACACAAAACGUAAUGGAUGAAGUGGAACGUGCUGUCGAUGAUGGUGUCAAUGCUUUCAAAUCAUUGACCAAGGAUGAUCGACUUUUGGCAGGUGCAGGUGCUUGUGAAGUCGAGUUGUAUUCUCAACUUUCUAAAUAUGCCGAUGAAACUCCUGGUUUAGAACAAUAUGCCAUUCGUAAAUGUGCUGAAGCAUUUCUUGUGGUGCCAAGAACACUUUCUGAAAGUGCAGGCCUAGAUUCCUCUGUUGCCAUUUCUAAUUUAACUGCUGCUCAUGCAGAAGGAAAGUCUACCUGGGGUAUUGAUGUGCAUAGUGUGACUGGUUUGGAUGCUAAGGAAUCUGAUAUCUUUGACCUUUUCAACACCAAAUAUUGGGGUAUCAAACUUUCCACCGAUGCAGCUGUUAAUAUUUUGAGUGUGGAUCAAAUUAUUAUGGCUAGACCAGCUGGAGGACCUGUUGGAAAGAAUCCCAAUCCAACUCAUUGGGACGAACAAGGGGAAGGUCUCUAA